AUGGAGUAUAGUUUAAAUGGUAAUAUCAGGACAAUAGAGUUAAAGGUUAUUGAAGAAAAGUAUUUUAGCGACGAGGUACAAUGGGCCAUAACAUCUCUUAUCAAUGAUAGAGACUAUAGAUUAUUCAUCUCACAAUUAAAUAAAAUUUUAAACGAUAAUAGAUUGUUAUAUGUAUCAUUGUUUUUAUUUGUAAUCAGUUUUUUAUUUUUUGGAUUGUUCAUGGGUUUAUCAAUUUUAUUGGGAUGGUUAUUAUUGGUUAAUUUCAUUUUAUUAUCAUUUUAUUUUUUUUAUAGAUAUCAAAAAUACAAUUCAUAUUCAAGAUAUAUAUUAAUGCAGGAAAGAAUUAAUAAAAUUAAUAAAAAGAAAUCAAAAGAAGGCAUACCAAUAAACUUCUGUUUGCUUUUAAGAAAGAAAGAGGAAAUUAAUUUUUAUUCAGGUGUAUCAGUUGAUAUUUCAUUAAUUAUUUCAUAUACAGAAUAUGAAGCCAAUAUACCAGAUUCACUUCAACAACCAUUUGAAAAUUCACAACCACAAAGAACACUGGAGGAAAAACAAAUGGAGGGUAAUGGUUAUAAAGCCAUCAAUAGUGAUAGUGGUUUUUGUAUACCCUUAGAUUUAAAUGACAAUGAAAAAACAGAUAAUAACACCAUUUCAACAAUUCAAUUACAUGAUGGAUUAAACCAAGUUUAA